ACAGCGUAUUGUUAGCGAGGCUCAGACCCGCUCAAUACGCAUACUCACUGUCAUUUAGCUUUGAAAAGCCUUGUUGUCAAAGCUCGAUGUGUCAUCGAUUGUGCAUUGUCCCACUGACGUUGGCGUCUCUUCACGUACUGUCACUGACUGCGCAGUUUCUGACUACAACAUACCCCCAAGGAUGGCGCUACCGACUAUUUUGUGUGGAAUCAUAUUAGUCUCGGCUACAUUGCCAGCUGUGAAUCCAGGACCUGUUACAACUACAACCACAACUGGUCCGAAGACAACAACAUCCAGCAUUUGUGGACAAAACUUCCUCUCGGCAUCGGAAACACCCAAGUUGCUUAGCUCGUCUGACUAUCCACCAAAUUUCGAGAAGGCAUUGAUGUGUUCAUGGACAAUUGAAGCAAAAGAGACAGAAAAAAUUAGAGUUACCGUCCUGAUAUGUGACAAAACAGGCGAUGGGGACAAGUUGAGGAUAUUUGAUGGAACUGGCCCUCGUGAUCAAAAGAUGGGAGAUGUUUGUGCUGGGACAUCAAAACCGGAAAUAUUUACCAGUACAGGCAGAUAUAUGAGGAUUGAAUUCAACACAAGCAAUACAGGGACGUUCAAGUUAACGUACAACAGUGGGAAUUACCAUGUGGGUCGUCAUGAGGACAUCUUCUCUGGCUACGGAGCAGCCAUUUCUCCCCUAGCCCAAACCCGCGAAAACAUCAAAAAUGUUGAUUUGUCUUGGAGAUUACGCAACGGCGAUUCAAAUAUUAAUAUUAGAAUGAAUUUGUCACACGUCCAAUAUUCUGAAGGAUGUGUCACAGACUAUAUUGAAGUGUUUGAUGGUUACCAGGUUUCCGACCCUUCUCUUGGAAAGUGGUGCGAAGGUGAUAUCUCCUUGUACAGCUCUGGAGAGUAUCUGUUUAUCAAGUUUCACUCUGACGCCAACUCUGCUGGGUCAUCGUUUGAGAUAGAGUAUGCGUUUCUCUACAUAUGUAUAUUUGGACCCACAAUAAGCCGUCAUCCGAUUUUUGUUGGUGUCGUUGUGGGUGUCCUAGCACUGGCUAUCUUAAUCAUCAUCUGUGUGUGCAUGCGUCGCCGCCGGAAGAGAAGCCACAGUAAGGCCUCAGCGGAAAAGGGCACCGUGAAAGGCACUGAGAAAGUCUCAGAUCCGUCUUUUGCAGUAGGUACAGCUGGACUGCCACCUUCCUACGACCACGCCAUUGCCUCAGGACCUCCCACUUACCAAAGUCUGAGUAUUAAUCCAGAUGAUAAGCUUGCCGUGUUAUGAGGCAGACACAGCACUGCUCAUGGAAAUCUGAGGAUUCAAUACACGUCUUACAGCAAUUAUUUUCAAAUUUUUAUGAAAUACUUUGGCCUGUGUGUUUUUUCCUUCAAAUUUAAUAAUAUCAUUCCUAAUGAAUAUACUAGUAGAUGGCGGAUAUUUGGUUUUAUUUGUUCAAAAUAAUUCAAAUUAUUAUUAUUCAUCGAUUGUAAACCUCUCCAUGUAAAUAGUGUUUCCCCGUACACUGAAUGUCGUCCUUCAAAUUAAUAUUAUUAUGAUCUGCGUUUUUGGAUAAUACUUGUAGUGAUUCAUAAACACAUCCCUAUGACAGAGUCGGAAUCAUACUACUGAAUCUGUGUUUUGCAGAGGUUUCAUCUAAAAAUGGAAAAGAU